AUGGCUUCUACACCGGAUAGAGACCCAGAGCCUCCACACCUGAGCUUCCGCUCUUUCGUGGAUUCUCUUCGAGAGGACAAUGAUUUGGUUGAAGUCAAUGACCCCAUCGAUCCAAAUCUCGAAGCUGCAGCCAUUACUCGCCUCGUAUGUGAGACCAACGACAAGGCACCGCUGUUCAACAAUGUUAUCGGGGCCAAGAAUGGCUUCUUUCGCAUUCUCGGCGCUCCUGCUGCGCUGCGCCCGUCCAAGGCUCAACGCUUCGGGCGUAUCGCGCGGCAUCUGGCCAUGCCCCCUGACUCCAGCCCAGCUGCCAUUAUGGAGAAGCUGCUCUCUGUUGAUGUUGAAAAGCUAGUCGAUCCUAUAGUGGUCGAGUCGGGUCCAGUCAAGGAGAACAGCAUCGAGGGCAACGAUAUCGACUUGAAUGCCAUUCCCGCGCCCAUGGUACACGAGACUGACGGUGGCAAGUACAUCGGCACGUAUGGGGUCAAUAUCCUCGCUUCGCCCGAUGGCAAAUGGGCCAACUGGUCCAUUAAUCGAACCAUGGUGGUAGGGAAGAACACACUGACCGGGGCCUGCUACCCGCCGCAACACAACUGGCAGAUCGUCAACAAGUGGCGCGAGAUUGGGCAAGAUGCGCCCUGGGCUUUUGUUCUCGGAGUGCCGCCUGCAGCUGCCAUGAUAGCGGGAAUGCCUAUUCCUGAUUCUGUCAGUGAAGCUGCUUAUGUCGGAGCUUUAAGCGGAGAGCCCCUGAAGCUUGUCAAGUGUGACACGAACGAUCUCUACGUCCCAGCCAAUGCUGAGAUCGUCUUCGAGGGCACCAUCUCCGUGACCGAACAGGUGCCUGAAGGUCCAUACAGCGAGAUGCAUGGAGUCAACUUUCCCGGAGACUCCAAGAUGAUGCCAGUAUUCAAGGUCAACAAGAUCACUUACCGCAACAACGCCAUUCUUCCCUUGUCGGCUACGGGCAGACUGACUGACGAAACCCAAUCUAUAGGAGGUCUACUGACGGCCGCUGAAAUCCUCAAGCUCUGUCGGGCUUCUGACUUGCCGGUGCUACAAGCCAGCUCGCCCCUCAUUUCUCAGUGCACUUGGGUCGCGCUUCAAAUUGAUGGGGCGCGCCUCCGGGCCAUGAAGACGAGUCCCAAGCAGUUGGCAGAUCUUGUCGCCAAUGUAGUAUUCAACUGCAAGGCUGGAGUGCCGUUCCACCGCAUCCUUUUGGUCGGUGAAGACAUCGACGUCCAUGACGAUGCAGAUAUCAUGUGGGCUUUCUCUACGCGAUGCCGGCCUGGAUUAGACGAGUAUCCUUACGAAGAUGCCAAGGGCUUUGCACUCAUCCCGUAUAUGGGCCAUGGGAACGGCAAUCCCACCAAAGGCGGCAAGAUGGUCUGUGAUGCGCUAUUCCCUGUCGAAUAUACUACGGGCAGAAACUGGGUCAACACCAGCUUUCGUGAAGCGUAUCCCAAGCCCCUUCAAGACUCGAUUGUGGCCAGUUGGGAAAAGAGAGGAUUCAGCAAGCUGAACUAG